AUGAAACUUUAAAUCUUGAUUGCUACUUUGCUAAUCUCAACUCUAACAGGAGUUUUGAUAAGCAAAAAACAGUACUUUAUUGGAAACCAAGGAGAAAGCAAUAUCCCAGAUGAUAGCACUCUCUCUAACAUUUUAGAUGUGCAGACAAAACAUUUUCAUUUAGAAAUAGAAAUUGAUUUUGAAUCAAAAAGUAUAUUUGGUAAUUAAACACUUUCAAUGGUUGCUUAAAAAAGCGGGGUUAAGUAGAUAAAUUUGGAUGUUAGCAACUUAUAAAUCUAUAAAGUAGUUGAUCAAGAAGGAAAUAUCUUAAAUUUCAACUACUUCAAUCCUAUCCCUAAUAUUUUCGGUGAAUAAUUACAAAUAUUUUUGAAAAAUCCUACUAUUGAAGGCAGAGUCUAUAAUUACACAAUUACUUAUAAGUCAGAAAACGCUUCUGCUUCAUCAUGGUUAACUCCUAAAUAAACAUCUUCUUAAGUUCUUCCAUAUCUUUAUACUUAGUGCUAAUCAGUUUACUGUAGAAGUUUGGCACCAUUUUAGGAUACUCCUUUUAUUAAGGCAACUUAUACUGCUAAUGUAACAGUUGUUGAUCCUAUUGUUGUUUAUUUAAGCGCUAAUGUGACAUAAUCAACAUAAGUACAAAAAGAUAAUCAAAAUUAUACAAUAUACUCAUUUAGAAGUGAUAUCCCAAUUGCAUCUUAUGUCUUCACUAUUGUUGCAGGAAAUGUAGUAGAGAGAAAGAUUGGAAGAAGAACUUCAGUUAUUAGUGAACCAACUAAUAUUGAUUUUUAUGCUUAGGAGCUCUCUGAUCUUGAGCUUUAUUUAGACACAGUUGAAAAUUACACAAUUCCUUAUAUUUGGGGAUCUUACAAGAUUGUAAUAUAGCCUCCUAGUUUCCCUAUGGGCGGUAUGGAAAACCCUCUUCUAACAUUUGCUUCUCCUUCUAUUAUAGUAGGUGAUAAAAGUGGAGUCUCUGUAGCAGUUCAUGAAAUAGCACAUUCAUGGACAGGUAACUAAGUCACUUGCAAGAAUUGGAGAAAUUUAUGGAUCAAUGAAGGUUUUACUAUGUACUUAGAAAGAUAAUCUGAUUCAAUAAUGUUUGGUAAAGAUUAUGCUGUUGUAGAUGCUAUAGUUGGUAAUGACACCAUGGUUGAUGAUAUGAAUAACUUUGGAAUGUAAAGCAAUUACACUUCAUUAAAUCCAAUGAUAUAAGGUUCAAACCCUGAUGAUGCUUUCUCUAACAUUCCUUACGAGAAAGGUUAUUAAUUCCUCAAAUAUAUUGAGAGUGUUAUUGGAUAAGACUUACUUUAACAAUUUUUAAGAUCUUACAUCAGUGAAUAUUCAUUAAAAAGCAUCGAUUAUGAAGAAUUGCAAGCAUUUUUCAAUAAAUUUAUCAAAAUUAAUCGCCAAAGAGAUGCAAAGAAGUUACUUUCUUAAAUUGAUUGGGAUACAUGGAUAAAUUAACCUGGUAUGCCUCCUGUCAAUUUAAAAUUUUAAACUGAUACCAUUCCUCUCAUAAAAUCAUUAGCAUAAAGCUAUAUUGACUUAUAAGGUAAAGGAUCUCCUGCCAAUUACAAAGAAUUCCUUGAUUUUUCAUUAAAUGAAAAAUGCAUUUUCUUAUAGUAUUUGUUUGAUCACACUAGUGAAUAUGAUUCAUAAGUUUUGAUAAAAAUUGAUUAAGAUUAUAACUUAACAAAUAGCUCAAAUCAAGAAAUUUCAUGGAGAUGGUUUAGAACAACUAUCAUGGUUGGCUAUAAUUCUGUCUAAGACAAAAUAGAAUAAUUUUUAGGAUUAACUGGGAGAAUAAAAAUGAUUAAACCUGUAUACUAGGCUUUUGUUUAAACUGGCUAAAAGUAGAUAGCUCAAAAUUAUUUGGUAUAGUAUUAAGAUUUCUAUCAUCCUUUGGCUGUAUAGGCAAUAAAUAGAGUAAUCAAUGGAAAUUGA